GCUGUGGAGAUGUCUCGCAAGAGCCCUUUUGCCUCCUGGCUUUGUGCUAUGCUCCACUGCUUUGGAAGCUACAUACUUGCUGAUCUGUUGCUUGGAGAAUCACCUAUUGAUUACUUCAGUAAUAACUCCAGUGUCAUCCUGGCCACAGCAGUCUGGUAUUUGAUAUUCUUCUGUCCCAUGAACCUCUUCUACAAGUGUGUCAGCUUUCUGCCAGUGAAGCUCAUCUUUGUGGCAAUGAAGGAGGUGGUCAGAGUUCGCAAGAUUGCAGCUGGGGUCCACCACGCUCACCACCACUACCACCAUGGCUGGUUCAUCAUGAUGGCUAUUGGAUGGGUCAAAGGUUCUGGUGUUGCUUUGAUGUCUAACUUUGAGCAACUGCUCCGUGGGGUCUGGAAGCCAGAAACAAAUGAAAUCCUUCGUAUGUCCUUUCCUACAAAGGCUAGUCUGUAUGGCACAGUCCUCUUCACUCUGCAACAGACUCACUGGCUCCCAAUCUCUGAAGCCAACCUCAUCUUCUUUUUCACCAUGUUCAUGAUAGUUUGCAAGGUUUUCAUGACGGCAACUCACUCUCACGCCUCACCUUUUGCUCCGGUGGAAAGCUUCAUCUGCCCGGUUUUCUUUGGCUCCAUCUCCAGUGGACACACCAGUCACCAUCACGACCAUCACGGGGCCUCCCAUGAGGUUUCCCAUCCUCCGCCACCUCCUGCCAAGUCAAAAGAAGAGCUAAAUGAAGGCACAAGGAAACGGAAAGUAAAAAAAGCUGAAUAAAAAAGCAACCACACAGUAAAUAGGCCAGGAAAAUUCUUCCAGAACUGAGUCUCAAAACCACCUGUGACCUCCUUUAUCCUCCUCAGACUCCAGGAGAGGUGGAAGCCAGGAUACUGCCAGGCAGGUCCCUGAAUGUCAUUUGUGCUCUC